AUGAUAAUCACCUAUAUAAGGACAAUCCCCCCAAUAUACAAAACCACAAAUAUAGCAGUAUUCUACGAGGAAGUCAAACUCAGACCAUCCGAGAUUGAGUUAAACCUGAUUUCACAAUUAUAUAUAGAAAUCAGAGAGUCGAGGGUAGAGGCUGAGACCUGCAUCAAUAAUACAAAUGUAGAAGUAUUCGAUGCAAAAAUUACAAUCACAAUAGCAGGGGCAGCAAAAGCCCUUACUUUAGUAUCAAUCAAACUAGUUACAGAUCUCUGGAUCUUCUUAGACAAUUAUGAGGUUGUUCUCCGAUUAGGAUCCUACUUCAAUGGUUCCUUACAGAGAGUCUUUGAAGAUUUUCUGAAGCUUAUACAAGCUUGGGCUGUUAGAUCAAGGCUCCCACACACCUCCCCCGGGAAAAUCCGCGUCCGAUGGGUCCCAGGGCACCUAGAUAUCCUUAACAACGAAAUAACUGACAAAGCUGCUAAGGAAGGAACAAAACUCCCUUUUCCCCUCAAUCCGAUCUGUACGCUAGUAUCCCUAAAAAGAAUGAUCAAAAUAAAGGCCAACAAAACAAACAAACAAUUAUAG